AAGGGCAUGUAGGCCAACAAGGGUUGGCGGCCGAAGGCCAGAGAAUCUUGUUGUUCCAGCGGAGCCACUUUGCGUAUAACAAUCCAUAUUACCACCAUGAGAAAGACAACGACAACAAUUAUAAACACUACCACUAUCAUCACGGAAAAUAUGGUCACCAUCAGCAUGAAGAUGACGAUGACGAUGACUACCCAGCUGAGGCCGAAGAAGAUCCCAAAAACAAAGAAGACUCCGACAAUGCUGAAGCAUGCUGCGACCAAGAACUAUACGAUGAUAACGAUAAGGACAAGAUUGAUAUGGUGACGAUGAAAAAGAGAAUACCUACAACAGUCCCUGAAAACCAAAUGUCGGAAUGCUAUCAUAAUCGUGAUCACGAUUGCGUGCCCCUCGACGAUGAAGAUACCACCAUCAUGACAAAGAUGACAAUGGAAAAGAAAAAAGCUCAUGGAAAAGCUUACCACCGACGAACCAACCAACGAUGCCACAUCAAGAUCUACAAAAUACAUG